UGUGUGUCCCGCGCUCGAUCUCCUGUCUCCGUGGAGGUAGGCCUCUGCCGCAAACAUGCUCCGUCAGAUCAUCAGGCAAGCCAAGAAGCAUCCCAGCUUUAUUCCUCACUUCGUAUUUAUUGGAGCAGGAGGUACUGGAGCAGCACUGUAUGUGAUGUACCUGGCAUUGUUCAAUCCAGAUGUCAGCUGGGACAGGAAAAAUAACCCAGAGCCUUGGAACAAACUGGGUCCCAAUGAACAAUAUAAGUUCUACUCAGUGAAUGUGGACUACAGCAAACUGAAGAAAGAAGGCCCUGACUUCUAAACCGUGAAGCUCACGAUAAAGCUUCUUAUAAUGAAGGUCUUUCAGAAGCAU